AUGCUGUCUUCCCGCGCGAUGCGCUCCCCCGCAUUCCGCUCGGUGGCUCUUGGAGCUCGCCGGGCGGCUGCUACUCGUGGCUUUGCCACUACCUCUGAGGAGGCCCCUGCGCUGAACCUGGAGGACCUGAAGAAAAAGGUUGAGCUUAGCAUCAUCGAAAAGGGUCGUGGCUACUACCUCCCUUACGAAAAGCUUGAGGAGAACCUGAAGAUUGUCCGUGACCGUCUCAAGCGUCCUCUGACUAUGUCAGAGAAGAUUGUCUAUGGUCACCUUGACGACCCUCAUGGCCAGGAUAUCGAGCGUGGUGUUUCUUACCUGCGUCUCCGUCCCGACCGUGUUGCUUGCCAGGACGCCACUGCGCAGAUGGCCCUGCUCCAGUUCAUGUCGGCCGGCCUUCCAAAGGUGACUGUCCCCACCACUGUCCACUGUGACCACCUUAUCGCUGCUAACACUGGCGGUGCUGAGGACCUUGCUCGUGCCCAGGAAGUGAACAAGGAGGUUUACGACUUCCUGGCUACCUGCACUGCCAAGUAUGGUAUUGGCUUCUGGAGGCCUGGUUCGGGUAUCAUUCACCAGAUCAUCUUUGAGAACUACGCUUUCCCUGGUGGUCUUAUGAUCGGUACUGAUUCUCACACUCCUAACGCUGGUGGUCUGAACAUGAUUGCUUGCGGUGUUGGUGGUGCCGAUGCUGUCGAUGUUAUGGCUGGUAUUCCCUGGGAGCUUAAGUGCCCUAAGGUGAUCGGUGUGGAGCUGAAGGGCAAGCUUAGCGGCUGGACUACUCCCAAGGAUGUGAUUCUUAAGGUCGCUGGUGAACUCACCGUAAAGGGUGGUACCGGUGCCAUCGUUGAGUACAAGGGCCCUGGUGUUGGUUCGCUCUCUGCCACUGGUAUGGGCACUAUUUGCAACAUGGGUGCUGAGAUUGGUGCCACUACCUCUGUCUUCCCCUUCAAUGACCGUCACAGGCAAUUCCUUGAGGCUACUGGCCGUGGCGAAAUUGCCAAGGCAGCCGCCUCCUACCAGCGCAACCUGCUCCCUGACCGUGACGCUGAGUUCGACCAUCACCUCGAAAUCAAUCUCGACGAACUCGAGCCUCACAUUAACGGUCCUUUCACUCCCGACCUUGCGACUCCGCUGUCGAAGUUCAGGGACGAGGUCAAGAAGAAUGGCUGGCCCGAGGAUCUUAGCGUCGCUCUGAUCGGCUCGUGCACGAACUCGUCGUACGAGGACAUGUCGCGUGCGGCUUCGAUUGCUAAGGAGGCCGCCGAGCACGGUCUCAAGGUCAAGUCGGGCUUCACUGUGACGCCCGGUUCGGAGCAGAUCCGCGCUACUAUCGCCCGUGACGGCCAGAUGGAAACCCUGAGCAGUGUUGGCGGUAUGGUUCUGGCUAACGCCUGCGGUCCUUGCAUUGGUCAGUGGGACCGUCACGACGUGAAGAAGGGUGAGAAGAACUCUAUUAUCACUUCUUACAACCGUAACUUCAGUGGCCGUAACGAUGCCAACUUUGCCACACACGCCUUUGUGGCCUCUCCUGACCUUGUUACUGCCAUGGCCUUCGGUGGUAGCCUGCUGUUCAACCCGAUGACCGACACUCUGAAGGGUGCUGAUGGCAAGGAGUUCAAGUUCUCGGACCCGAGCGGUAUUGAGCUGCCUGCCCGUGGCUACGAUCCGGGUGAGAACACCUUCCAGGCUCCUCCGGCCGAUGGUUCGGGCGUCCAAGUCGACAUCAAGCCCGACUCUGAGCGCCUGCACUUCCUGGAACCUUUCAAGCCCUGGGAGAACAAGGACCCUGUGGACAUGCCCAUCCUGAUCAAGGUCAAGGGCAAGUGCACCACUGACCACAUCUCGGCUGGUGGUCCUUGGUUGCGCUACCGUGGUCACUUGCGCAACAUUUCUAACAACUGCUUGAUUGGUGCUACGAACAUUGCUAACAACGAGACCAACAACGUGCAGAACUACUACACUGGCGAAUGGGGUGCAGUCCCUGCAACGGCUGCCUACUACCGUGACAACGGUCACCCUUGGAUUGUAAUUGGUGAUGAUAACUACGGUGAGGGUUCGUCCCGUGAGCACGCCGCCCUGGAGCCUCGCUACCUGGGUGGUAUGGCUAUUAUCACCAAGUCGUUCGCCCGUAUCCACGAGACCAACUGCAAGAAGCAAGGUCUUCUGCCUAUGACUUUCCGGAACCCGGCCGACUACGACCGGGUUCGUCCUGAUGACCUGGUUAGCCUUGAGGGUGUGGUGGACAUUGCUCCCGAGAGCACCGUGACUAUGGUGUGCAAGCACAAGGACGGUUCGGAGGACCGUAUCCCUCUGCAGCACAGCUUCAACGAGAACCAGAUUGAGUGGUUCAAGGCUGGCAGUGCUCUCAACCUUAUGUCGAACAAGUCUAAGAGCGCUUAA